AUGGAAAGGAUGAACAAUGUAACAGAAUUCGUUCUACUGGGUCUGACCCAGAAUCCAGAAUUGCAGAAAAUCUUAGGUACUGCAUUUUUAAUUGCCUACUUAAUCACAUUGACAGGAAACUUGUUCAUCUCCACCACCAUCUUUAUCAGCCCAGCCCUGGGUUGUCCCAUGUACUUUUUUCUGGCUUUUUUGUCCAUCGUAGACACUUUCUACUCUACUUCCAUAACACCCAAAAUGAUCUUUGACUUGAUCUCUGAAAAGAAUACCAUAUCCUUCAAUGGCUGCAUGACUCAGGUCUUCACUGAACAUUUAUUUGCUGGAGCCGAGAUCAUCUUGUUAGUGGUCAUGGCCUAUGACCGCUAUGUGGCCAUCUGUAAGCCUUUGCACUACAUGACCAUCAUGAGCCGACCUGUGUGUAUUUUCCUGGUGGCAAUGGCAGGGGUUUUAGGGUUUAUUCAUGCAGGGAUCCAGAUUUUUUUCAUAGUCCAGUUACCAUUCUGUGGCCCCAAUGUCAUUGACCAUUUUCUGUGUGAUUUAAUUCCUCUCUUGAAACUAGCAUGCACAGACACCCAUACUUUGGGACCCCUCAUUACUGCCAACAGUGGCUCAAUGUGUUUGCUCACGUUUUCUCUGCUCGUUGCUUCCUACAUUUACAUCCUGUACUCCCUGAGAAACCACAGUGCUGAGGGGCGUCGCAAAGCCCUGUCUACCUGCGCCUCUCACGUCACUGUGGUCAUCUUGUUCUUUGUACCUUGUUCAUAUCUGUACCUAAGACCUAUGAUCUCCUUCCCCAUUGACAAAGCUGUGAGUGUAUUUUAUACCAUAGUAACUCCUAUGCUGAACCCUUUGAUCUACACCCUCAGAAAUGCAGAAGUAAAAAACAUCAUGAAGAAAAUGUUGGGGCAAUUAAUUAAAACUGAAGAUAAAUAA